AUGAGAGACGAUAUUGUUCUUCUAAAUGCUGUCUUUGUACUUUCGUUGAUUGGCGCGGUGCUGUCGUUAGGCCGUACUCAAUCCACAGCCGUCGAGGGAAUUUUGAUGUGUGGCCAAGAACCGGCAAGACAAGUGUUGGUUAAACUCUACGAACACGACACCAGUGAGUAAAC